UUGCUAUACUUGCUAUCGACUCUAUAUUUACAUCCGGAAAAGAUAAGAAAGAUACCUUUAUAGGCUUAGCCUCGUUUCAAUUGAUGCAAUUGAGUUUUAGUACGGUUGUGACUACGCAAUAUUCACCGUGCUGUUAAAUAGUAUACUUAAAGUUACUGAUUUACCUUGGCUGCGUUCCAAGUUCCACAAGGUAGACGAUCACACAACCCGAGACCAAUUCAAGGCCUGCAUUUGUACCAAUCCAUUAGCAUAGAACAUGAACACCCACGGCUGAGUCAGAGUCAGAGAUGGAUGCGCUUGCCGUCAGAAAAGCCCAUUGGCAGAAGAUAUGGUCUAUCCCUAACACACCCUGGACCAUCAAAGGGUAUUCGCGCAGUGCAUACCGUACCGGUUUUAUCAUCCCGGAAUUGAAUGUGAUGCUAGACGCAGGUCCGCAACACUUCAGCACGCCGCACACUGUACUGGUCACACACGCACACAUUGAUCACAUUGCCAACCUGCCACUCACUCUUAUAGGCGAUGCGGAAAGUGGACUAGUAACGGAUGUGUAUGGACCGCAAGCAGCGGAGAAAUACAUUAGGAACUAUAUACAUGCCAUGUUUGAGGCGAACGCGAUGCAAGAGAUUGAUGAGAUUGAUUGGUAUAGAUACAAGGGUGUUAGUGCACGCGAUGUGAUUCGCAUGCCCAUCAAGAAGACUCUUUUAGAGAUGCAGGUGUUUGAAUGCGACCACGCAGUACCUACAGUGAGUUAUGGGCUGAGCGAAGUGAAGCAGAAGCUCAAGCAGGAAUAUCUUGGUAAAGAUGGCAAGGUUAUAGCUCAGCUUAGAAAGGACGGUGUCAGCAUCACUCAGGAGGUGGUGGUGAAACGGCUUGCGUAUGUCUGUGAUACGAGUAUACGUGUAUUCGAGAUGAAUCCGGGUAUUCUCGAAUACCCAGUGAUAUUCAUUGAGUGCACAUUCUUGUUCGACGAUGAGCUGCAGAACGCCAUGGAUACUCAGCACAUACACUGGCAGCAGUUGAAGCAGUAUGUAGAGACGCAUAGUCAUAUAGAGUUUAUGCUGUUCCACUUCUCACUGAGGUACAAGGAUAGUGAGAUCAACAGCUUCUUCCGCGAGAUCACAGCGAAUGGGUUGAGCAAUCUCCGGUGGUGGACUAAUCAGCCCGAUGCGCAAUAGCAUGCAGUGUAAUAGCUUGAAUUGCGAAGUCAAGACUAUGUCAUAAGAUAAUAAAGCUAUGCUCUCGUACA